CAAUUUAAUCCGGUUUGUUUUGAAUUUUUUUUUUUGAAAAAGAUGGUAGGUCAAGUUCCUUGCUUUGCUGAAAAAAAAGUCACAAGGCCGCUGUGUUUGAUUGAAAAUGUAGUUGUUGUAGAUUCUCACCAUGCCUGUGUCAAGCCAAGAUUACAGCAGUAGCGAUGGGGAAGGCGAGGAGCAGAUAAUGUUUAAUGCAUCAAGUCAGAACACCGAACAGUCUUUUGUUGAUGAAAAUGAUAAGAAAAACCUGUCUGAAGCAAGCUGUUGCUCUUAUAAAAGCAUCCAAGAAGAAGAUAAAAUUAUACCAGUCUAUCAGGGAACUGGGGAAGAUGGAAAUGACACAGUUGAAGAAGAAGGUUUGGAAUCUCAAUUGAACUCUGGCAGGAAAAACAAUAGACUAAAAAAAAUUACAUCGAUUGCCUCAAUUGCCAACUGGUGGAAAGGUUAUGUAGAUGAUAAAAGAUGUAAACGCAAGAAAAUUGAACUGACCGAAGAGCGGCGAAUGAGAUACAAGUUGCAAUACCAUUUUAUGUCUCCCUUCGAUAAAUACAAAUUAGGAAGAAAACCAUGGAAGUUAGCCAUACAAGUUUUAAAGAUUUUUAUAGUCACAACUCAGGUUAUAUUGUUUGGCACUGAUCGAUUUGCAGCAAUUGCUUUUAUAAAAAACACAGAAAAGACCUACAAAUACUUAUUCAUAGAAGGCUACGAUGGUUCAAAAUCAUUUUCAUACUACUCAAGGACGGAUUUAGCUUCUGCGAUUAGAUACGCACAUUUUCAGUAUCAUCAUGUUGAAGACAUAGCUCUUGGUCAUUACUGGCAUUCAAGGUUUGAAAACAGAACAAUUUAUCCGAUUAAUCUUUGCGAAAAGAGGUACGAGCUAGCCAAACCAAACGCAAAAGCUUCAGACAUUGAUUAUAAUGCUGAUACUGUCACAGUUUGUGAGAAAUUAACAAAUGCAACAAACUUGACAAAUAUUCUCCACACGAAGCAUUACUUCGACAGGAUAGCGGCAUUGAAAAUAAAAUUUGAGUUGAGAGCUAUAUAUUUAAAUGGUUUAAAACUACAUCAUGCACCAGAAUGUCUUAUCAUGUACAAUUCAAUAACUAUUGAUAACUCCAAGCAUGAUGGAAGAUUACGAGUUUCUUUCCAAAUGACAGAAGAGAUCAUGAGUAAAUGCACAAAGACUUAUAAAAAAAGUAAAGAUGCUGCAACUGUGAAAGCCACUUUCAUUGCAUUUGAUGCUCUGGUUAUUACUAUUUGUUCAUUUUCUAUUCUGCUAUGCAUCAGAUCUGUGGUCAAGUCUGUCGUAUUGGCUCAGGCAGCUCAGAAAUAUUUCAAAGAUUAUAAACGCGAAACUCUUACAAGGUGGGAUCUGUUCGAACUGAUCAACAAAUGGUUUGCUGUUAUAGUGAUUAGUGAUAUGCUGUCAGUGAUUGGAUCCAUAUAUAAAAUUUAUGUCGACGACAGGGAUAUACGGUACUACAACAUCUGUGCGUUGUUUCUCGGUUUGGGCGUGGUCAUGGUAUGGAUUGGAUUGUUGAGGUUUUUCACAUAUCUGAAAAAAUAUAACAUAUUACUCAUCACACUACGAUCGGCUGCGCCUAGUUUAGUCCGUUUUAUGUUUUGUGCCAUGUUUAUGUUUUUCGGGUUCACAUUUUGUGGAUGGAUUUCGUUGGGACCGUAUCAUAAAAAGUUCUCAACAUUUCUGACCACGGCAGAAUGUUUAUUUUCCUUGUUAAACGGAGACGACAUGUAUCCCACGUUUGCGAAAAUGAGUACGCGAAACACGCCGAUCUGGAUAUUUAGCAAGAUUUACAUUUAUACUUUCGUUUCGCUCUUCAUCUAUGUUGUACUUAGCACUUUCAUCAGUAUUGUUGGUGAUACGUAUGAAAGAUUAAAGGAUUGGGGACACAUGCCACCGACCAGGAUUGAACUUUUCAUGGCUGGGAAAAAGAGAGAGAAUAGUUAUAGUAGAAAUGCACAUACUGAUGGUAGUUGUCAGAGAUGCGCUCGAGAAUCCCACGUGGCUGAAGAAAACCAACACAGAUCGUUGUAUGGUUCGUUAGAUCGGAACCACCGACUUUCACUCUCUGCUAGUCAACUAUCUAUCAUGUCUGCGUCACUUGAAUAAGAAAAAUUAGUAUUAUUUUUCAAUUCCUCUUCAGUGGCCAUCUCCACUUUAUGUUUAUCUUUUGAAUCUCCUUAAUUAUAAUAGUAUUUUGUAUGCUCAAGAUGGUAGCCAGAUUUCUACUUUGGGGUACGGAUGCAGGAAAUAACGAUGCCUGAUUGGCGGAAAUCUAUUAAUUGGAAUAGGUACCAUGGGUUAACGUCUAGCUUACUAGAAAAAUAGCUGUCGUUCUUCUCUCAGUGAUAAAAGUUUCGUGCUACGGACGCACGAAAUAUUUUAUGCACGAAUUAGCUUGUUUAAUCAUUUCAAUCGUGUAUCCAUAUUUCACUCAACCAGUAGUAAAAUGUCGUAAAGAAAUAAACAGCCUUUUGAUACCUAAUUCCAUGCCGAUCCCUUUUAAUUUGGCUGUAUAAAUUAAACUGGGAAAGUUGGGGUAUGAAUAAAGUGACAGAUUUUUCUCUUUAUGUCAGCCUAAUGCUUAAUUUAAUGUUCUAUCUACUUGUUAAUAUAAUUUAUAUUUUUUGGCGUUGUCGUAAAUACUUUAAAAUCGCCGCGAAGCUUUGGGAAUUAACUUUCGCGGCGAUAACUUUUUAGGAACUUUUGCGGGAAUUAACUUUCGCGGUUUGCGAUUAUAACAAAUAUUGAAAUUUGAUACUAAAUUGUUAGACUAUAUUUUAAGUAAAUGUUUUUUUACGCAGGAAGAAAUUUUCACUUUUUGUUUUCUUAAUUUCUUCUUAAUGUCUUUUCUCAGAGUAUGUAACCUGCAAAUCUCUUCUAGCAAAGCAGAAAAAUAUCAAGUUGUAAAAUUUUUUACGUUUUAUAAAUUUAUUACCUUAUUUCUAAUAAAUAUAUGUAAAUAUAAAGUACAACUGGUUUUUCAUGCAAGAUUAGGGAUGAAGAUUAAUGGUCCAGGACUAAAAGUCUCAGGAUUUUAUUGAUGUUUGUAACAUGGCACAAAAAUGUGAAAGACAAAAGGGAAAUCCUGAUUUAACCGAAGAUUUUUGCAGGAACACUAUAGGCAAUAGGAACCUGAUUUGAAAUGUUUAUGAACGGACGAAACCUCGACCCUCGGACUCUUUGUCUCUUUU